AAAUUUGGAAGUCUUGGGGCUAGUUUGAAACAAGUUCGCACAAGUGUUAUUGUUAUCUUUUCACAAAGUGUGAGAGUUUACACGCAGAAGAAUCCCAAGCUCAACUCGGACUGCGAAAAGGAAGGCGACCCUCCCGAAGUGUUUCGUUCUUGAGUUUAAAUUUUGAACCCCUAUUUUAAUCCUCCCACUAUCUGUUCCAAUUUUUCAACCCAGAACUAGAUACCAUACCAACAUUAUUAAUUGUUUCACAUUAGCAACGCCAUCAUUUAGUUCGCAAAAUAUUUCGUUUCUUAGAUCGUUAAUGAUCCGUCGUCGAUUUUUGGACCAUGUCGUCGAAUCUUCCCUGCCGCUUUGAUACUAAAUACUCUUGAUCAGUCUUACUGAGUGAAGUUAUCCAAUGAGUCCUGCGACUAUUUUGUUUAAUUAACUGUCAGUACUGUAGUCAUGAAUUGUUUCCUCCAAGCCAUCAAUCCCUCGAUCUGUGCUCAGUCCUGUUCUUCUUCGGGGUUCCAAGGAGGAUCAAACUCCUCCCACCGAAUCAGUUCGAGAGGGGGACGGGGGGCUAUGUCACUCUCGACUCCUCCCUCCCCCAACCCAUCUCAUUGCUCCUCUUCAGCUUCUUCUCAUUCGCUUUCGAUUCAUUUGUUACGCUCGCCCACCUUGUUGAGACCUCAGAGGCAGCGAGAUAGUGAAUACAGAGAUGGUAAUAGAAGGCUCUCAAAGAGGUCCUCCUAUAUCAACAGUCCUAAUCACUUCCCUUAUGUUCCCCUUAACCUCUAUGGCGAUUCUGACAGUCCCAACUCGGAUGACUUCAUCUGUCGCAACUUCCAUGACAUCAGACGACAAUACCAGCAGAGUCUCCUCAACAACUCACAGAUUACACCACACUCCCAGGUACCGGAAGGACAGUCCGAUGUGAGAAGUGUGACUGGCAGUACAUCAAAUCAUAGGGGAGGGAUUCCGACUGGUGCUAGUGACAGGGAGAAUGAUAGAGCUAGACGAAGUAAAGCUGUGGUAGACGAGUAUCAAUUCUCACCGGAGUUGAGACACGUGGCACGCAACAGGGUGCUUAUUUCCCUGGGCCUGACUGCUUCUGACUUCAAAAGAGCACAUCAGGCGGCCAUUGUUAUUCAGAGGGCAUAUCGCAACUACAGGCUGAAAACAUACUUCCAGCAGUGUUACGUGCAGAGACGCAAACAGUCUGCCGAUCUACUAAGCAGUCCGUUGCCUCAGAUGAAAUCGGAAUCCUAUGGAAAGGCAGACGGAAAUCCUAAUAUUGUUGCUGCUCCCAGAGCACCUAAGAGGAAUCAAUCGUCCAAAGUACCUCCGCCCGCUCCUCCGAGGAAGAGUUCGGAAUCAAGACUGACGGCUAUGCAAAGACACUCCUCAGGAACCAGAUUUUUGUCAGACCUCGGAGGAGUGAAACCGACUGAUGCAAACAUCUGCGAAGAAGAUAUAUUCAAUUACGGUGCAAAAUUGGAAAACAGAAUUGCUGAAAGAACUUACGAGCACGACGUUAUGGCUGUGACCAAUGAAAAGAUCGCGCAUGAGAAUGUGAAAAUCGAGGAAGCACUCCUGGCGAAGAAUCCCUUCAACGUUGACGCUGUUGAAGAUAAAACAAAAUGCACGUCGGGAAAUCACUCAGCGACCAAUUCGACCACUUCUCAGAAUAGCGGAAACGAGCAGCUUCUGACUAAUUACAUAAACAUAGACGACUAUAUCUCGGCCUCUGGUGAAUACUCGCGUAGCUGUGCGAAUGGUAACUCUGUGGGUGGUGGGGAGUUUCACCGGAACUCGACGUACUCGGAACAUACGAGUAGUGGCUCGGAUGAGUGCAGUGAGCAGAUGAACUGUAAUUCCAGUUUCAACGCUUCGCCAUUGACUCUCUCAAAUCAGACCACUCCAACCACACCAUAUCAGCAAUGCUGCGAGUCCAACUACAACACAAACACUCACUUCUUAUACUCUGGAGACCAAAACCAACCAAAUCAACUUCAAGAGAAAGAAGCGAAUAAUAGUCAUAGCAAUCCUAGCAGCCAGUCAAACUCACGCUCAACUCAGCAAGAACUGACAAAACGUAGAAACGAAAGAAGUAUUACCAAUGAUAUCAGUGGCAGCAAUGGUACUAUUACCAUUGGAUGUGAUGACAUCACGAUAAAUAGCAGUGCUCUAAACCAACAGAGAUCUGUAUUGACUACCUCUUCUCAACAACCUAGUCCACGUGCUGCUGUGAACUCUAGCAGUGAUCAUGUUAAUAUUAGAAGCAGUAAUCUGAAACCAAGUCAAAUUUCACACCAACAGUUGAACUAUACGAACUUGGAAGCAUCGAAUGGUUCUAAUGUAAACAGACCACAUCAGUCAAGGGACACAAAUAGCUCACCAGGAGCUGUUUUACCAGCACAGUAUGUAGUACCGAACCGUGUGCAACAUGACAAGCAACAUCAAGGCAACAGUAACUUAGGUUGCCUCUCCCCAUCUUUAGUACAGAGACAAACGAAUCUGAGUUACGGCAACAAUGACAGAACCCUGGACAUUAAUUCUGCUGAGCGAGAUAAUGAGUUUUGUGUGAACCCAGGCAGAGAUAUUUAUUCGACGUGUGAGGAUACGCAUGGUGGUGGGAGUCAGUAUCUAACAAGGAAGUCACCUUCCACGCCAGUGAGAGUUCUGAAUCGUAACAACGCAGGAGGAUCCCAAUUAUCGAUGGUCAGUUGUGAGAGCAGCGGAUCCAACUCCCAUUCCCUUUAUCCCCCCAACGGCAGUGGCAGUCUAAACGGAGGAGGAGGAGGAGGAGGCAACACCCUUAGGAAAACAGCGAUUGGCCAAGGACUAGUCCCCCCUCUCUACAGAGAUAGAAGCAUGGGACACAGAGAAGGAGGGGGGCGGAGGAGUUUUCUGGAAGAGAAUCUAGCCCAGCUGUGCAAUUGUAAAAAAGUGGGCUUCAAGUACACUGCCCAACAGGAGCUGACGAUAAGAGUCGGUCUGUUCCUAUUCAACCAGGAUCCAAAGAGAGGCAUCAGUUUCUUGACUGAGCGGGGCUUCUUGGAGCGUGAGUGUGCGGAUGACAUAGCCUACAUGUUCGCCUGCUACAAGAGGGGACUGAACAAGACACAGGUGGGCGAGUAUCUAGGAUCAGACAAGCCCUUCAACUGCCAAGUACUAAAGAGUUUUGUAGAGCUGAACCGACCGCGUUUCGAAGGCAAACAGAUAGACGAGGCCCUUAGAUCCUUCCUUCCCAUUUUCCGGCUGCCGGGCGAGAGUCAGAAAAUAGACAGAAUUCUCGUGCACUUUGGUCACGUGUAUGCCCUUAUGAACGAACAUAUAGCCCUAAUGUUGGGGGGUCCUGCAGUUACAACAGAGGGGGGAAGUUCUCUGAGUCACGAGGAGAGAUUGGCAAAAGGUGCCUCUGCGGCGCAUGUCUUAGCUUACGCUGUGAUGAUUCUCAACACAGACUUGCAUAAUUCGAAUGUGCAGAACUCAAUGUCUCUGAAGGACUUCAAAAAAUGCUGCAGACAAUCAGAUGAGCUGAAACAUCUAGAGGACAGUUAUUUGGAGGGAAUCUAUAAGCGCAUAAAGGCCACUAAAUUCGCCCAGCCGGAAGACAACUCAACUGCAAUUGCCCUUCUCGCCAAGAACCUGAAGAACUUCAACAGCAGCAUGGUACUGGAGGAGCCGUUUCGAUGUUUGGUGGCAGUGUGUCCAUUCAACUACCUCCCGGACCCCAGGAACCCAAAACAGUCAGUGGAGAUGCACCUGUUCUUAUUCAACGACCUCUUAAUGGGAGCGACAAAAGAGAACGUGGGCAAGAAGAAGUCAAGCUCCUCCCGCAAUGCUAACGGGGCAGGAGGGGGUGAUCUGCUGUCUGUGUUGGCCCAGAACUUCUCCCACCAGUUCGACAUUCCCCUCCUCAGUCUCCAAAUGGACACUUUCGACCUCACGACUAGUAGCAGCAGUAGUUCUAGACUUCAUGUAUCGGCUACAGCAAUGGCACACAAUAAUAGGAGCGGAAUUCCUCAGCAGUGGGGACUGACUCUCUCAAGUCGAGACAUGGUGCACUCAGGCAUGGGAAGCUACAGCAGUACGGGCAGUAUGUGUCAGGGCAAGUGCUCAUUCACUUUCAUCUGCUCCAACCAAGACGACCUCCUGAGGUUCACAGCCGACAUCAGAGCACACACGAAAGACAUGACAGUCCUGGACCAGCUGAGAGUGCAAGAUAACUUCGAACACCUCAUGCAGCAACAGCAGCUGACCAGUAGAGAUGGUAAAGAUAGAAGUAUUCCACUUUGGGCGAACAAUACGGGUACUAGGCAGAUGCAUAAUGCAGGCGAUAGAGAUGAUGGUAGUAGUAGGCGAAUGGACAUGUUGGACACUACAACUAGUGCUGUUUACGGAGGAGACGGAGAUACGAUGAAUGGAUCCUUAACAUACAGGGGUGCUUACCACCAGAACGAGAGCGGGAGCCACGGCAGGACCAAAGACCUCAGUCUCACCCGACUGCACGGGGGAGGGGGAGGGCAUGAGAAACGGUUCAGCAGAGACCUAAGAAGCAGCAGAAACAAAUCGAACAGCAUCGAUAGUCUAUUAGAUCCUUCGGCUAUUCUGACAAACCACUCGAGAGACGGUGGAGAUAACUUCUACUCCCAGCAGUGUAGAACACUGGCUGCAAAUCAACAGAAGCAGAAUGGAAAUCAUUAUAACCACAGACAAAACAACAACGUGGACGAGGAGGAGCCUUAUCAGCUGGGCAAGAAUAGACAGUUACCACGAGAUCACUCUCAAUUCAAUUCACCUAUUACAUCCUCACUACAACAACCACUACAACUAGAACCAACUUUGCUUGAUACAGCCAGCGUCUCCUCUUCCACUUCAUCGAGCGACCCAUUCGUCCUAAUCGAACAAGAUGACUUCCUCCAGCCCCCUCGUUAUCCAAAUAUCCAACACAGUUCUAUCAGCCUAGCUGUAACCCGUACCGAUUAUCUCACCACUUGGGAUGACAGUAUUCGUCAAUACGCUCCUGGUGAUAAUGAUGUUCCAAAUUUAUCAAAUGAGUUGACUGCAAGUCUUCAAAUACCAAUGACAUGUAAGACUAUGUCUGGAAACAUACGCAGUGAAGGGGUUCCUGGGUCCCGAUCGAGUACCCUUAGCUACUCGCCUUCAUUGGGUGGAAGGAGACCGGGCGCUAGGAAAAAUACAAAAGCCAGUCCCCUCUCACUUCUGGUUCAAUCUCUUUCGCUGUCCUCGCCUACUCCAUCGUCAUCUUCAGGUCACUCAAGGUCACGGUCGAUGCCAUUAAGUGGUCUGCUGAAAAAGAACGGAACUAAGAAAUCACCUAAUUCUAACAAAACUGAAGUUGACAUGAGCAAUAGAGAUUUGUCAGCAAAUGCAGGGAAAGUUUUUUCGGGCAGUUCGGCUAAUGUUUCUUUCGAAAUGAAUAAUAAGGUCAAGCAGAGUUCCAGUUUUACCCGCGCAGUAUGUAAUAAAGUAGCAAGUCCCUUUUUCUCCCGACGCCGCAACUCUAUUCAUUCUUCGGAAUCCGUUGGUCCGCAACCAUUAACUCUUCAGAGGAAAUACACGAUUCGUGAUGUGAUUCCCCCGAAUUCAUCAAGAACUCCAACUGCAUCAAGAAACUACACACGAGAACCUAAACAGAUGAAUGAACAUCUUAGCCACCAAAAUGAUUUGGAGAGUUCGUUCGAGAUCAGAAACGAACGACCUGUGAUGCAUGUCCAAUUAUCGACUUUCAGUCCAUUAAUACCGGAUGGGUGGGAAGAGGGGGGAAACGGCGAGGGGGGCUGGGAGACACCAACUCAGGAGAUGAUGAACAAAAGACGUGCUAGCGACUUGGACUUCCUUCAGAGCGCGCAAAGGCAGUAUCUUAACUCGCUUAUAUACGAGAAUCACUCCAAAAUGAAUUAGCUGAAAUAAAUUAUGGACGAACUCCACGAAGCACCUCGCUGAGAAAACUGUAGAUAAAUAGAUUAUUUUGAUUAUUUAUAACUUUAAUUGUUCAUGUUAAGUUAGAAUUAGUUAUUGUCUAUUUAAUUGUUGAAAUUGCGACCAUUGGAAUUCGACACGGACCAAUUGAUAAAAUUUAUUGAAGCAGUGAGAAGGCAGUCGAUAGUGGCAGUAAACUAAAUAAAUUUAUUUUUAUAAUGUUUGAGCUAAAUUGGUUGUCUCAUUGCGCGAGACUCACUUUCUAAUUCUGACAAUCUCAUUAUAAUUUUGUACACUCUUACGGUGCUGUUAUUGUGCACGAAGAUUUUAAUUUAAUGUUAAGUCGA